AUGGACGCGCGGUUGCCGGUGGCGCCCGACACCUCUGCCGAGGGGCAAGAAGGAUUGGUGGAGGGUGUCGGCACCUACCUCCUCCUGGUGGUUGCGUCGCUGGGGCUCGCGUUCUGGGCCGCAAGCAGCUGGGUCGCCAGCCGGAGCAAGCGUGCUGCCGCCCUCCACUCCGCGCGGGAGCUGGCGGACAUGCCAAGCCGCGAGCUCAGGGAGCGGCUCUUCUUCUUCGUCAUCAGCAACCAGCACAAGGAAGCCGACCAGUACCUCCACGUCAUCCGCCAGCGGAAACCGAGCUUUUCGCUGACGAAGCCCAGGCGCACGGGCACCCUGGUGCAUCAUGCGGCGCGCGGUGGCGCUGCUCAGUGCAUCCGAGUGCUGGUGGCGCACGGGGCCGACGUCAACGUGUGCACGGAGGCAUCGGGCGACAGCCCGCUGCACGUGGCGGCGACCAACGGACAGCUCGCCGCGGUGCAAGCGCUCCUCGAGUGCGGGGCCAACAUCAACCAAACCAACGCCACCGGCUGGACUGCCCUCCACCAGGCAACGGUGGACGGGCUCACAGAUCUGGCCUGGCCUCCUCUCUUUGCCGCCACCAACAACGGCCACUACAAUGCGGUGUCGCUGCUCUUAUCCAACGGCGCCGACGUGAGCUUCCGAGACCGAGACGGCAACUCACGAUUGUUGCUCAGCGGAGGCAUUACGGGUCUGGAGAAGAACAACGACGGUGAUACGCCCGUACAGGUGGCCUGCAAGAUGGGCCACAAGGACUUCGUGCUGAAGAUGGUGGAGCGCGACCCGGGGCUCUUCCUGCCCCAGCUGCUCCAGCUCGUCGCGCGCCUCGACCACCAGCUCGUCACCGCGCCGCUCGUCCCUCCUCCUCCCAUCGCCACCGCCGCCGUCACCGCCGCCGAUAGCCAAGCGUCACAACAACCUGACACCACUCCGGCCGCAGCCACCGAUUUCCAAUCGUCGCCCGACGGCGCGACAGCGACUACUACGACGACGACCACCGGUGCGCUGCCCCCGCGCGACCUGCGGCUGAUGCUGGGCGAGGCCGAGGUCCACAAGCGGGUCAACUCGGUGCUGCACCACGUGGCCAUCACCACCCCGGCCUAUCUCGAUGCCCUCCUGCGCCUGCUGGCCCGGCUCGCCGUGUGGUACGGCCUGCGCCUGCUGCACCACGCCGACCUCAGUCCCGACGAGGCCCAGCGAUUCGCUGAUGUUACGGAGCUGCUGGACGAGAAGGCCAAGGCCUCGACCGGGUCGCUGUCGGUGUCGAAGCUCUCGGGCCUGUGCACCCGCGCCAUGCAUCGCUUCGUGUCCCUCAUCACUGCCAUCCGGCUCGCUCAAAAGGAGGCGUCGUACAACGACCACGAAGAGCGUGAGCGCGCAAUCUCACGCGCGGCCGAGUGCCUCGAGGAGGUGUGGCUGCAGCUGGACCGCUGCAUGGGUCAGCUCGCCGAGCGCUCCGCCGCGGCAAUCCACCGGGCAAGGCCGCACAAGGACAAAGGUAAGGAAGAGGAGCCGGAGAGCGGCGAAGACUCGCGACGAGCGCGACGGCGAUCGUCGGGCAAGGCCAAGGCCGGCAGUGACGAUGGCGAUGAUGAUGACGAACUUGAACGCGACAGCUACGGUCAUGAUCAUCAUGAAGAUGGUGGCGAUGGAGGCGAGGAGGCGAAGCGAGUGGCGGCGAGCAGCCUCUUUACCAAGGAGUUGGCCGAGCGCGUGUGUCCGUUGAUCGACGGGUUCUACCUGGUGUGCUCCAACGAUAUCCCGGACCCGGCGUUUACCUCCGCGUUGGCCGAAGAGCGCGAGCCGACGCUGACCAUCCGACCGACCGAGGGCCGAGGCAAGGAGCAGACCGCCGGUGACGAAGACAGUGAGGAAGGCGAAGCUGACGGCUACGAUGCCGAGCAGCACCAGCUGACGUCGCCUGCCAUGGACCGAUUCGUGCGCUUCAUCGAUCGGCAUGCCGAGGUGAUCAGGGGCGUGGGGCGAGAGAACAUCGAGCAGCUCGUCGGCUCGCUCGAGUUUAUCCUCGAGAGCGUCGCCACCCACCCCGAAUGGCGAUUCAAAGAGCUGAUCGACACGCUGGGUUUCGAGCGCAAGCGAGCCUGGCUUCGUCGGCGCCUCGACGAGCUGCGCACAGCCUAUGCUAACCACACCACCGACCUGCGCGUCUCCCGAACUGAUUUGCUGCAGGAUUCGUGCAGCGCGCUGCUACACGAGGGGCCGGAGGCGCUGCGCGGGCACUUCACCGUCGGGUUCCUCAACGAGGAGGGCGUCGGCGCCGGCGUGCGUCGCGAGUGGUUCCACGCCAUCUCCCAGGAGCUGUUCAAUCCGGACAACGCGCUGUUCGUGCAAUCGGCCGAGGGCGUGGCGCUGCAGCCCAACCCGCACUCGCACGUCAACGCCGACCACCUCUCCUACCUCCACUUCGCCGGGCGUCUCAUCGGUAUGGCUCUGUUUCACGAGGAGGUGGUGGAGGUGUGCUUCACGCGUGGGUUCUACAAACACCUGCUCGGCCGGCCGGUGGAGCUCGACGACCUGCUCUCCCUCGACCCGCAGUUCCACAAGAAUCUGAAGUGGAUUCUGGAGAACAACAUCGACGAAGCAGAUCUCGGCCUCACAUUCGAGGCGGACGCCGACAACUUUGGGAUGGUGGAAGCCGUGGAGCUGGUCCCGAACGGCCGCGACGUGCCCGUGUCGGAGGACAACAAGAGGGAGUACGUGCGCCUGGUGAUGGAGCUGAAGCUGCAGAAGUCCAUCGGCAAGCAGAUGGAGGCCCUCCUUGACGGCUUCCAUCAAAUCGUGCCUCCCGCUCUCCUCCCCGUCUUCAACGAAUACGAACUCGAGCUGCUGAUCAGCGGACAACGCGCGAUCGACGUGACGGACUGGGAGGCGCACACGGAGUACUCGGCCGGCUACACCGCCCAAUCGCCCCAAGUCCAGUGGUUCUGGCACGCGGUCAAGUCGCAACUCAACGCUGAAGAGGUGGCAAUGCUCCUACAGUUUGUGACGGGGAGCGGACGUGUGCCGCUGGGCGGCUUUGCCAAGCUGCGCGGCCUGGGUGCCCUCCAGAAAUUUGGAAUCGCGCAGGUGGUGCUUGAGAAGCCCAAUCAGCUGCCCACUGCCUCCACCUGUUUCAACCUGUUGAAGCUCCCAGCCUAUGAGAACGAAGAGCAGCUCUUGCGAUGCCUCACCAUUGCCGUUCACUGUGGUGCCUCAGGCUUUGUCUUCAACUGA